AUGGACGCCUACCAAGAGAAGGGCGCGCUUGCCACCUAUGAGCAGGACGAACGUGCAAAGCAGCGCAGAUGGGCACCCACGUUCCCUGAGUUGAAGCUGUUGCUUAUAGCUAGCACUGGAUUCUUCAUUGAUGCGUACGAUCUCUUCAUUAUCAACUUGGUCUUCCCUAUGUUGAGCCAGAUCGCUUUUGGCAGGCCAAGCUCUUCCCCUUCAGAAAUUUCUUUGUCUGGUGGUACUGCCAAAGCUGCGGCCAAUAUUGGUUGCGUUGUUGGUCAGCUGGGUUUUGGGGCUGCAGGAGACAUAUUUGGUAGAAAGGCUGUCUACGGUAAAGAAAUGAUGAUUGUGAUUGUAUCGACAAUCCUUCUCAUUAGCCCCCCUUCUGUCGGCGAGCACGGCUUUAGCGGUGUUGAUCUCUUUACUUGGAUAACAGUUUUCAGGGUAACCAUGGGUAUCGGUAUCGGCGGUGAUUAUCCAAUGUCAGCCUCUGUUGUUAGUGACAGGGCUAAUUUGAGAAGGCGUGGUACUUUGCUCGCCUUUAUUUUCGCUGCUCAAGGUUGGGGUCAAUUUGGCGCCUCGAUAGUAACUCUCAUCGUCCUUGCUUGCUUCCAAACUGGCAUUCAAGAACAUGGAAAUGUUGGUCAAUUCAACGCAUGCUUUAGGAUAUGCUUUGGUGUCAUUUUGGUCCCAGCUUUCAUUACACUCUGGCAUCGUCUUAGACUUCCUGAAUCGACCAAGUUCAAUGCAGUCAAUGCGAUGAGAGAAGACAAGGACGACAAGAUUCUCAACGCUGAUGAUCCAAAAGCAGCCUUACAAGCUCAGACUGCCCAGAAUGUUCACCCAGAGGCUAUCGAAUCUCAAAAAAAUGACUCAAACAACUCAAAUAACUCGACUCAUUCAAAUGAAAAAGAUAUCGAAGUGGCACCAGAGCAACCACAGCAAACGCAGUCGGAAGAGGUUGAUCCUGAUGCAGGCAAACCCACCAAGCACGUCUGGUACGAGAAGUUGGGUGCGUUCAAUGAAUUUAAGGAGUAUUACAGUGAAUGGAGACACGCUAAGCUCCUUCUCGGUACAACUUCAACGUGGUUUUUAAUGGACAUUAUCUUCUAUGGUAUCAACUUGAAUCAAUCUGUCGUUAUCGAUGCUGUUGGAUUGGUUGAUGAAAAUUCUGGUUCAUUCCAGUAUAUUUGGGACAACACCACAGCAAAUUUAAUUAUCUGUGCCGCAGGUUUCCUUCCUGGUUACUACGUUGCCAUGGUCACGGUCGAGUACAUCGGUCGCAAGUGGAUGCAAUUUUUUGGAUUUUUGCUCGAAGGGCUCUUUCUUGCUAUUCUUGCAGGUGCCUUUGAUUAUCUCAGGGAGCACACUGCGUCAUUCUUUGCAUGUUUCGCGUUGCUGCAAUUUUUCUUCAACUUUGGUGCAAAUACGACAUGCUUCAUUAUGCCCGCCGAGGUAUUCCCAACACGUGUAAAAGGAUUCAGUCACGGUAUUUCCGCUGCUUGUGGUAAGGUUGGCGCCAUUAUAGCUGCCCUAGGCUUCGGAGAAGCAUCCAAGCACAUCGGAACAGACAACACACUGUGGAUUUUCUUCGGUAUUGCUAUCGUUGGCGCUGCUUUCACCCUUCUCCUUCCAGAGACGAUGGGCCGUGAUGCUGAUAUCAUCGAUAUGGAGGAGCGUCGUGAAGCACACGCAAAAAAGAUGCAGGAUAAUUAA